AUGCCAACAGCACCUGCCAAGAAAGAAAUUAUGAUUGUCACCACUGAUUAUUUUACUAAAUGGAUCGAGGCCGAAGCUCUAUCCUCUACUAAAGAAGCCGAUGUGGAACGAUUUAUCUGGAGAAACAUUAUCUGUCAGUUUGGCUACCCACAAUCGCUAGUUACCGACAAUGGCUCACAAUUCAUCGGCAAGCAGAUCACCGCCUUCUUCAAAAAGUAUGGCAUCAAGCAGCAUCUCUCUAUCCCGAGAUAUCCUCAGGGCAACGAUGAGCUCCCUAGAGUACUAUGGGCUUAUCGCACCACCAAGCGAAGAUCAACUGGCGAAACCUCGUUUUCCCUUGCCUAUGGAACAGAAGUGAUCAUUCCUCCUCACGUCACUGUCCCCUUUAUAGACAUUGAAGUGGGCAGUAUUGAGCAGAACUUCGAGCAGAGGAGACUCAACCUUGACUUACUUGAAGGCAAACUCAAGAAGACCAUUGUCCGAGUCGCCUCCUAUCAAUAG